GGAUGACAGGGUACUUAUGGGGGGGAGUAAAGCCACAGUGCUACCUGAACUGUGUAGCAGGGAGCCUUUCUUUCCCAGUCGUCUGUCAUUUUUACUGGUGUCUGUUGUUCAGCACAGCCGGCCGCCAUGCCUACUGACGCCCAAAGCGAUGCCCGCUCCUUCCUGACGGAGGAGAUGAUUGCAGAGUUCAAAGCCGCCUUUGACAUGUUUGAUACUGAUGGUGGCGGUGAUAUCAGCACCAAGGAGUUGGGUACCGUGAUGAGGAUGCUGGGCCAGAACCCAUCAAGAGAGGAGUUGGAUGCCAUCAUUGAGGAGGUUGAUGAGGAUGGCAGCGGUACCAUCGACUUCGAGGAGUUCUUGGUCAUGAUGGUGCAACAACUAAAGGAGGACCAGGCUGGAAAGACUGAAGAAGAGCUUUCAGAAUGCUUCCGUAUUUUUGACAAGAAUGGAGAUGGUUUUAUCGACCGUGAGGAGUUUGGAGAUAUCCUCCAUCUCACUGGGGAAAAUGUCACAGAGGACGAUAUUGAUGAGAUGUUUGGGGACUCAGACACAAACAAAGAUGGAAAGAUUGAUUUUGAUGAGUUUCUGAAGAUGAUGGAGAACGUCCAGUGAUGAGACCCUACAUUCCUUGGUGACCCUUCCACAGAAAGAAUACAAAGCAUGCUGUCUGAUAGACGUCUCUUCUGUAUAAUUGGAUCCAAAAAUGGAUACAAGUCAAAUACCUUUACCCCCUGCCACCCUCUCCCCCCUUCUCAUGUAUGAGACCCUGGGGCCUGGUGAGGAUAUCUAUAAAUAUCUGUUCAAACCUUUUAAGACGAAGACACUUUCCCCGGGGCCGCCUCCUUCAGCCGGCCACCCAGCUGUCUCCUUGGCAGCUGCUGUUCCUCCAGAAAUGCUACACCACCUAGCUUUAACCCCCCCUCCCCUCCUUACGCUCCUCCUCAAAACUAAAUAUCCUCUCCACCCUGUUCUAUGCUUUCUAAAUAAAUCCACUUUCUCCUUGUUCA